UAAUUCCGGGUAGUCGUCGGGUUUAAAAGUAUUGAUUUUCCCAGCAGCUUAUUUAAAAUAAUCUCCAUGACGUUAACAACGAUUUUCCUAUGAAUAUCUUAAAGCAAAAUCGAAUGUUACUUAUAAAACAUGACAUAACACACUGGUGUAAAAAGCAGGAAAUGCAGUUUGAUAGAACUAAUAGCAAGUGAGGCGAUGCGCUAUUAAGAAACACUUUCUUUUUGUUGUAAAGCAUGAACGAGAAUAGACUUUAGUAUACUGCAACCAAGCUUGAGGAUGUACUAAAUAUUUUUAAAUAUUUACCAAAAUAUUGUCAAUCUUAUAAGCAAACACGAAUCUGAAAAAUGUGUCAAAAAUCUAGACUCUGUUGUUUAUGAAACGUUUUUUACAAAGAUUUUAAUAAAUUACCAAUUCAGCAGUCAUUUUGCAAAUGCAUAUUUAUUGCCUGUCAUGAAAAGGUCAAAGUUCACCUUUAUUUACUCUAGAUUGAUCACCCAAAUGAUCAUUGUGUGGCCAUAUGUAAUUGUAGCUAGCUCAUUUUUGCUGUACAACUUUGUAAUGUUCAGUACAAUGAAAAUAAUAUGCAAUGUGGAAAAUUAUAAAUGUUUGAUGUGUAAGUUAAGCACUUUGGAUUUCUGACCCCGAAAUGGUGAUAAAAUAACACAAAUAAUAGUGGGAUAAAAAAAGGAAACACACGGACCUCCCAUUUUUAUGGCUCCUGUAGAAAAAUUAACUUGUUUUCUUUUGAUCAGCUAGAUAUUUUGAAAAGUUUGAUAGUAGAACUUUUUACUUAAAGCAUUAAAUCUGCACAAAAUGGUGAAAAAAAUGAGUAAUUUGCCAUUAAAGAUUAAUGGGUAAGGUAACUUAAAUUGCUACUUUGAGUUAAAUGAACAGAUCAAAGAAAUUCAACUUCCAUAAUAAAAUAAUAUUUUUGUCAAUUCUGCAAGCAUCCAUACAUAUCUGACAACACAUGGAAGAUAAUGUAUGAAUUUGUCCGGUAAAGUGUUUAAGCGAAGUUCCCUUAAAAUAACAUAAUUGUCAAAUUGGUAUCUUUGACCGGUUAUAGCACAAACACGAGCGCACGCACAUGUAAUUCUUCUUGCAGUUUCUACUAUGUCAUUAUUAACUCUUCUUUCCAAAAAUGUUUAAGAGAGAUAAAGUUUAAUACAGGAAACUUUUGAUUUCUCGAGUUGUACAUCCUUAACUCUUACUUUCUCGAACGUUUCACUGGUCAUUUUAACAGUGUAAUCACCGAAACGUCACUCAUAAAAUCCCAAUACUCGUGAUAACAAAGUCUAUUCGCAAGGUUAUAACGUAAUGUUAUGAGGACUUCCGUUCACGUCUAUAUUUGUUGAAUACAAGAAUAAUGAAAUGAAUCUGAACCCAUAGUAUUUAAGGAGUGUACCUCAUUUUGACUGCAUAAACGGUAGUAGUAUAUCACAUGGUUAGCGCGUUAGCGCUCAACAGGAUAUGUUCGAUGCCAACUGCGGGCAUACUACCGUAUACGCAGUCAAAAUGAGGUACACUCCUUACAUUUACAUCAAACAAAUCGUUUGAAUACAGUACGAAGAAAACAAAUAGAGUGUGUUGCGACGUUGGUAACUACGACAACCAUGGUUGCUAAGAUAAUAUAGUUUCAGUGAAUCUGCGUAAAGACACCAGUAUUUUUAACAAAAAUUAAAAGAAACAACUAAUCAUUUUUGUUUCAUACCUUUUACGUUUUAAAUUAACUGAUAUAUUCACAAUCGACAAUUUCCGUCUCAGAUUAACUAUGGUUGUCAAGUACAGCGUGUAUUGACACAGAUGUAGUAGUAACGUGGUCAAAUGUUAGCUUACCUCGUGGAGAAGUUAAAUACAUUGUAUAUUGUAUGCACCCAUUUCCGCAAUAUUCAGUUUAGUUUUUGACAAAAUACUCACUUGAUUUCAACAUUACGAUAAAACAUUUCAGAUGGACAUUUCAAACUGUGACAUGUGUUCAGAGACUGAAGUUUGUGUCAACACAAAAGAUGGAAGCCAUGUUUGUCUCAACCGAGGUGGAUGCCAGACUGCCGAUUGGGUGCCUUUCAAUCAUAAGUGCUACUUCUUUAGAGGACAAGAAACUUCUGCAGACGAGAACAUUAUGUUUUGCGAAACGAUGAAUACCAAACUUGUGAGGAUCAACAAUGCCCAGGAUAAAGCUUUCCUGGAAACGGAAAUGAUAAACAGGGGAAUAGCAAAUAUGUGGCUUGCGGCAAACGAUAGGGCUGUAGAGGACGAGUGGGUUUGGGGACCCGGGGACGGAGUGUUGAAUGCAGUGUGGGGAGUCAAUGAACCCAACAAUGCAGGCAAUGAAGAUUGUGCCGAACUAGAACUCAAUCAAACAGUUGCCUUUUGGAAUGACCUCAACUGUGCACUUCAUUAUUCAGGUGCUGUAUGUGAAGAUCACUAUAAAAUCUACCUUUGAACAAAGAAAUUUUGUGGUACAAUAGUGCAAUCUAAUGGAAGUUUAAGAAAGUGUUCAGUGGCGAGGCGGAUUAUCUACAAAAUGACAGACUUAACAUGUAAUGUCACUCACAAACUUAUCAUGAUUGUGUCCAUGACUUUUCUGUUGUGUGUAGAUCUUAGUUAAUCUAUUUCUGUAUUAAACCGUUUCAACCCUAAGAAACUUUAGUGGACUCUGCCAUUCUUUCAUAAUUUGAAGUCCAAUAUGGUCAGUAGGGGUGAAAGAGUUAAUAGAAGGAUGAGUUUAGUGCAUAACAAGGAAUUUGAUCUUUUUGACAUCUUGUUACAUACAAGGGUGGGAUUAUCCCCAGAGACUUAUGCCUCAUUAAUACCGUUUAAGGGACUCAAUUUCACAUCACUCAUUAAUUAUACACAUAUAAUAUCAAAUUUAAUAACAAGAGGCCAACGGGCCUUAACGGUCAGCUGACUACAAAAGCCUUACAGAAGAGAGAAUAUGAUAACUUUCAUUACACUUUCAGUAAAAUUCAACCACGCAUUUGUUUUUUAUUACAGUAAUUUUGGCCAUCAGUGGGUUACUACUAGUGUAGUCAGCAAAAUCAUUUUAAGCUAAAUUUGAGCUAAUUUCUUCACUUUUCGGUCCGUCCUCUUUCUCUUGAGAGGUCAAACAAACCUUCAUUAUUUCGGAAUUGAUUGCCCCUCUUUCAUUGAUUGCCCCUUUUUCAAUCUAUUUCGUUGAAAAAGGCAAUUAAGUAAUAUCCCUUUGAGAUCCGACCACUCUGUCACUAGGGAACAAACUAGCUUGAUUUAUGCAAAAUAUGAUUACCCUUUGAGAAUGUUAUUAUGGCAUUAAGGAGUAGUGUUUUCAAGGAAAAUAGUAUCUAGUUUUCUGUCCUAGGGCCUAACCAGCCUCAUUUAUAUAAAUUAAGAUUUACCUCCAAAAAUAUUAUUUUAGACUGAAUUUGGUUCAAAUCCUCUUUGACAUUAAGGAGGGGUAGCGUUUGAAAGAAAAAAAUUACGCACGGUGGACGAAGCUGGAUGGCUAUAGGACAGAUGACCUAAAAGUGUGGUUCUUAAAUA